AUGGCAAAUUCCAUGGAACGAACGAAGAACGACAUUGCCUCGCAUAGCAGCAAUACAACAAAUAUUACUUUGGCUAUUAGCAACAAUGGCAGUGGUAAAAACUUCCGAGAAAGUAGUAGGAUCCCCUUCAAUGGCAAACCACAAGACAGAGCCAAUAGUCGAAAGUCCUGUCCGCCCCAAAACCAUGAAAUACAAACGGCAAGUUGCAGUAAAAAUCGCGGCAAAGUGUCUGUAAAUAGAACGUACCGGGAGAGCGGCAGUGAUAUUAUUAGUUUUAUAACAAACAGUAUUACAACAAUGGCAGCAACAAGAAAAACAACAACAAGAACAGCAACAACAAUGAUGACAACGACGAUGACUAAGAAAACUGCAAUCAGUACAACAAUUUCAAAUAGUUCCACUCUGGGGACAAUCGAGUCGAAAAUGCCGCCGCCAUCGUCAUCAUCAUUAUCAUCAUCGUCAACAUUAUCAUCCUCGGUGGAUGACUUUCGUGUCAACAGUGCAACUUCAAGUAGCACCAAAGUUGCAACCACCAACACGAACAGCACCACCAACAGCAACACUCAAACUAUCAACGCUGCCACUGAUUCAUUAUUGGCUACAGCCGCUACAGCUACUAAUUCUGAUACUGCCACUAAAACUGCAAUUGAAACUCUAACUGCCUCGGCUAGUUCGCCUAUGACUCUUUCAACUUCGGCUGCUUCAUCAUCGGUAACGCUGUCGUUGUCGUCAUCAUCUUCAUCGUUAUUAUCAACAGCAUCGAACAGCAUAAGAGCAACAAUAUCAUCGACAGCGACUUGUCGUGGUGGUGGUGUUGGUGGCCCACGGAAAAACUUUCUACCCACCAUCAUCAUUUCUCUGAAAUCGUAUUUUUUCUUGUGGCAUUUCUUUUGUAUAUUGG